GCAAAACUGGGGGACUGGGAACGCGCUGAGACGUUCCUCUUUCCCGCGUCUCCACCUUUACGCCUGAAAGAAGACUCCCAAAGAUCGCUUUCUUCUGGGACACUGCUUGGACGCUAACCGCGCGAUUGGAACAGAUUUUGUGUCUUGGCUGGCUUUGGGUGAAGACCGGGGAGAAAAGGCUGCGCUGCGAUUCUCAAGAUCUCUGGACUUGGAUUAUCAUUGCAAAUCCAUUAAAGAAGGAGGAGCAAGUGGAUUUCAGAGAGGUAGUUCUGCAGAAAAAAAAAUGGUGAUUUCUUUGAACUCAUGCCUGAGCUUUAUUUGUUUAUUAUUAUGCCAGUGGAUUGGGACAGCAUCACCUCUGAAUCUCGAAGACCCUAAUGUGUGUAGCCACUGGGAAAGCUACUCAGUGACUGUGCAAGAGUCAUACCCACAUCCCUUUGAUCAAAUUUACUACACGAGCUGCACUGACAUUCUAAACUGGUUUAAAUGCACGCGGCACAGAGUCAGUUAUCGGACAGCCUAUCGACAUGGGGAGAAGACUAUGUAUAGGCGCAAGUCUCAAUGUUGUCCUGGAUUUUAUGAAAGCGGGGAAAUGUGUGUCCCCCACUGUGCUGAUAAAUGUGUCCACGGUCGCUGUAUUGCUCCAAACACCUGUCAGUGUGAGCCUGGCUGGGGAGGGACCAACUGCUCCAGUGCCUGUGAUGGUGAUCACUGGGGUCCCCACUGCACCAGUCGGUGCCAGUGCAAAAAUGGGGCUCUGUGCAACCCCAUCACCGGGGCUUGCCACUGUGCUGCGGGCUUCCGGGGCUGGCGCUGUGAGGACCGCUGUGAGCAGGGCACUUAUGGUAACGACUGUCAUCAGAGAUGCCAGUGCCAGAAUGGAGCCACCUGCGACCACGUCACGGGGGAAUGCCGCUGCCCACCAGGAUACACCGGAGCCUUCUGUGAGGAUCUUUGUCCUCCUGGUAAACAUGGUCCACAGUGUGAGCAGAGAUGCCCUUGUCAAAAUGGAGGAGUGUGUCAUCACGUCACUGGAGAAUGCUCUUGCCCUUCUGGCUGGAUGGGCACAGUAUGUGGUCAGCCUUGCCCCGAGGGUCGCUUUGGAAAGAACUGUUCCCAAGAAUGCCAGUGCCAUAAUGGAGGGACGUGUGAUGCUGCCACAGGCCAAUGUCAUUGCAGUCCAGGAUACACAGGGGAACGGUGCCAGGAUGAGUGUCCUGUUGGGACCUAUGGUGUUCUCUGUGCUGAGACCUGCCAGUGUGUCAAUGGAGGGAAGUGUUACCAUGUGAGUGGUGCGUGCCUCUGCGAAGCAGGCUUUGCUGGUGAGCGCUGCGAAGCACGCCUGUGUCCUGAGGGGCUCUACGGCAUCAAAUGUGACAAACAGUGCCCCUGCCACUUGGACAACACUCAUAGCUGUCAUCCCAUGUCUGGAGAGUGUGCCUGCAAGCCGGGCUGGUCAGGACUCUACUGUAAUGAGACAUGUUCUCCUGGAUUCUACGGGGAAACUUGCCAGCAGAUUUGCAGCUGCCAAAAUGGGGCAGACUGUGACAGUGUGACUGGAAAGUGCACCUGUGCCCCAGGAUUCAAAGGAAUUGACUGCUCUACCCCAUGCCGUCUGGGAACCUAUGGGAUAAACUGUUCCUCUCGCUGUGGCUGUAAAAAUGAUGCAGUCUGCUCUCCUGUGGACGGGUCUUGUACUUGCAAGGCAGGCUGGCACGGGGUGGACUGCUCCAUCAGAUGUCCCAGUGGCACAUGGGGCUUUGGCUGUAACUUAACAUGCCAGUGCCUCAACGGGGGAGCCUGCAACACCCUGGACGGGACCUGCACGUGUGCGCCUGGAUGGCGCGGGGAGAAAUGCGAACUUCCCUGCCAGGAUGGCACGUACGGGCUGAACUGUGCUGAGCGCUGUGACUGCAGCCACGCAGAUGGCUGCCACCCUACCACGGGCCAUUGCCGCUGCCUCCCUGGAUGGUCAGGUGUCCACUGUGACAGCGUGUGUGCUGAGGGACGCUGGGGCCCCAACUGCUCCCUACCCUGCUACUGUAAAAAUGGGGCUUCGUGCUCCCCUGACGAUGGCAUCUGCGAGUGUGCACCAGGCUUCCGCGGCACCACUUGUCAGAGGAUCUGCUCCCCUGGUUUUUAUGGGCAUCGCUGCAGCCAGACAUGCCCACAGUGUGUCCAUAGCAGCGGGCCCUGCCACCACAUCACCGGCCUGUGUGACUGCUUGCCUGGCUUCACAGGUGCCCUCUGCAACGAAGUGUGUCCCAGUGGCAGAUUUGGGAAAAACUGUGCAGGCAUUUGUACCUGCACCAACAACGGAACCUGUAACCCCAUUGACAGAUCUUGUCAGUGUUAUCCCGGUUGGAUCGGCAGUGACUGCUCUCAACCAUGUCCACCUGCCCACUGGGGCCCAAACUGCAUCCACACCUGCAACUGCCACAAUGGAGCUUUCUGCAGCGCCUACGAUGGGGAAUGUAAAUGCACUCCUGGCUGGACAGGGCUCUACUGCACUCAGAGAUGUCCUCUAGGGUUUUAUGGAAAAGACUGUGCACUGAUAUGCCAAUGUCAAAACGGAGCUGACUGCGACCACAUCUCCGGGCAGUGUACUUGCCGCACUGGAUUUAUGGGACGGCACUGUGAGCAGAAGUGCCCUGCAGGAACAUAUGGUUAUGGCUGUCGCCAGAUAUGUGACUGUCUGAACAACUCCACCUGCGACCACAUCACCGGAACCUGUUACUGCAGCCCCGGAUGGAAGGGAGCGAGAUGUGAUCAAGCUGGUGUUAUCAUAGUUGGAAAUCUGAAUAGCUUAAGCCGAACCAGUACUGCUCUCCCUGCUGAUUCCUACCAGAUCGGGGCCAUUGCGGGCAUCAUCAUUCUUGUCCUAGUUGUUCUCUUCCUACUGGCAUUGUUCAUUAUUUAUAGACACAAGCAGAAGGGAAAGGAAUCAAGCAUGCCAGCAGUUACCUACACCCCUGCUAUGAGGGUCAUCAAUGCAGAUUAUACCAUUUCAGGAACCCUUCCUCACAGCAAUGGUGGAAACGCUAAUAGCCACUACUUUACCAAUCCCAGCUACCACACGCUCACCCAGUGUGCCACAUCCCCUCACGUCAACAACAGGGAUAGGAUGACCGUCACGAAGUCAAAAAACAAUCAACUGUUUGUGAAUCUUAAAAAUGUGAACCCUGGGAAGAGAGGCCCUGUGGGGGACUGCACUGGGACAUUGCCAGCUGACUGGAAACAUGGUGGCUACCUCAACGAGCUUGGUGCUUUUGGACUUGACAGAAGCUAUAUGGGAAAAUCCUUAAAAGACCUGGGAAAGAAUUCUGAAUAUAAUUCAAGUAACUGCUCCCUAAGCAGUUCUGAGAACCCAUAUGCCACUAUUAAAGACCCACCUGUACUUAUCCCUAAAAGCUCAGAGUGUGGUUAUGUGGAGAUGAAAUCGCCAGCACGAAGAGAUUCCCCAUAUGCAGAGAUCAACAACUCAACUUCAGCCAACAAGAAUGUCUAUGAAGUUGAACCUACAGUGAGUGUUGUCCAAGGAGUAUUCAGCAAUAGUGGGCAUCUCACCCAGGAUCCAUAUGACCUCCCAAAGAAUAGUCACAUCCCUUGUCAUUAUGACCUGCUGCCAGUCCGAGACAGUUCAUCUUCUCCCAAGCAAGAGGACAGUGGCGGUAGCAGCAGCAGCAGCAGUGAAUGACACCAAAGGACUGCUUGGUAGCCACUGGAAACCUUUCCAGAACUGCUGUUUGGUUCUUCUCCAUCCUCAAUUUUGCCACUUUCAUGUGAAUGUUAAUCAACUCGGUAGGCAAUUGUUGGACAUGAACCAGAAAGCUGAAAGCUGAGGCUGACACUGACUAUAGGUGCUUUUUGUUCAGGUGGAUUUGAAGGAGUUAGAGAUGUGAUUUGCCAUUGCUGUUAGUUUUUGAACUAUAACCGUGAAGCAUGACUUAUUGUAAGAUGUUUGCUGGAAGCAUGAACUUGCAGAACUCCCUCGGAGACGCAGGUUGCAGUGGACAUUGGCAUUGUUGCUUGAACAAUUAAACUUUGAAUAUUUUCUUUCUCAUUUGCAUUAUACAGCUGUACCUAGGAUUGUACAGUUUACCAUAAAAUUUACUUCAUGAAAGUGGGAAUCACUGAACAUGUAGAAGAAAAGGUACAUAUUGUUAAGUCCUUAUUCUUAACUUUAUUCAACUGGACUCAGAAUUGUAGGGAUAAUAUGAAUGCAGGAGGAAACAUUCUGUCAGGUGGUAUAACUGGAUAGACUUUGAAUAUACUCUAAAAGUGGACAGAAAAUUUAAAUAUGAAAAUCUUAGGUUUUGUUUAGAAUGAGAAAACAUACAAUUAGAAUUAUUUUAGAAAUAGUAGGAAGUAUUGCAGAAGUCAAUACACAAAUAUGCCAGGCAGAGGUGGUUUUCUCUCUGACCCUCAACCAGCUUCAGAUCUAUGACAUUAUUCUGAUCACUGGCUCCAUCAUACAUAUUCACCACUUGAGAUUCAUAACAUAUCAAUAGUUAUUUCAUAAAUAUAGAAAUGAAAUAAUUUUAUUUUUGACAGACUGGAUGGAAUGAGUGUGUAAUGAUUGAUAAAGAUUGUAAAUUUUAAGUGCAAAAUGAUGCCUACGUUUUGUAAACCAUUAGUAAUACGUGCUGUAAUAUAGAAUUAGCGGAACAUUUUGAUUAAUCUUUCCCUAGAAGUGACUGAAAUAUUUUUGUGCAUACAUAUUUGAGAAAGGGCACUUUCCUUUUAUUAAUUGUCAAUUUAGAGAAACUAUGCUUAAGCUGGUCUUUUGCAUUGCUAAUGUGACAUGUACCCCACUUUUCAUUAAUUUGUAUUUCCAUUUUUAAGUUGCAUAUUCUAUGUUUUGUAGUGUUUGGAUUGUUAAUGAAAAAUUAUUAUAUUAUAUGUUCAUUGUUCCUUGUAUUAUUGCCGCUUAUCUUUUGCUUGAUAAAAAUGCAUUGUUCUUUUUUCUUUUGGAGGCGCAAGAUGAAAAUAUAUAAUUUGAAUUGAU